CAUAACAGUACGCAUAUCCCCUCUGUGUGUUCUGUGUUGUCGCGAUCACAAUCAAUCUCACUCACUCCAUCCAGCAGCGGCACACUCACAGUGUCACCGAGAAGGCGAGAAGGAUACUUGUUAGUGCAAUGGCGGGGCGAGCGAGCUGGCGGUCGCUGGCCGUGGUGCUGGCGGUGCUUGGCGCGGCGGCGACGACGGCCGGGGAGGCGGCGCAGGUACCGUGCUACUUCGUGUUCGGGGACUCGCUGGUGGACAACGGCAACAACAACGGCAUCGUCUCGCUCGCGCGCGCCAACUACCCGCCCUACGGCGUCGACUUCGCCGGCGGUCCCACCGGACGCUUCUCCAACGGCCUCACCACCGUCGACGUCAUCUCCAAGCUUCUGGGCUUCGACGACUUCAUCCCCCCCUUCGCCGGCGCGACCAGCGACCAGCUCCUCACCGGCGUCAACUUCGCCUCCGCCGCCGCCGGCAUCCGGGAAGAGACCGGGCAGCAGCUGGGUGGGCGCAUCAGCUUCAGCGGGCAGGUGCAGAACUACCAGAGCGCGGUGGAGCAGCUGGUGAGCAUCCUGGGGGACGAGGACGCGGCGGCGAACCACCUCAGCCAGUGCAUCUUCACCGUCGGCAUGGGCAGCAACGACUACCUCAACAACUACUUCAUGCCGGCCUUCUACGACACGGGGAGCCGCUACACGCCGGCACAGUACGCCGACGACCUGGCGGCGCGCUACACGCAGCUCCUGCGCGUGCUCUACAGCUACGGGGCGCGCAAGGUGGCGCUCAUCGGCGUCGGGCAGGUCGGGUGCAGCCCCAACGAGCUGGCCACGCAGAGCGCCAACGGCGUGGCCUGCGUCGACCGGAUCAACGUCGCCGUCCGCAUGUUCAACCAGCGGCUCGUCGGCAUGGUCGACCAGUUCAACCGCCUCCUCCCCGGCGCGCACUUCACCUACAUCAACAUCGACGGCAUCUUCUCCGACAUCCUCCGGGCGCCCGGCGGCCACGGCCUGAAGGUGACCAACCGGGGCUGCUGCGGCGUCGGGAGGAACAACGGGCAGGUCACCUGCCUGCCGUUCCAGACGCCCUGCCCCAACCGCAACGAGUACCUCUUCUGGGACGCCUUCCACCCCACCGAGGCCGCCAACGUGCUCGUCGGCCAGCGGGCCUACGUCGCCCGGCUCGCCUCCGACGUGCACCCCGUCGACCUCCGCACCCUCGCGCGCCUCUAGCCCGGUCGUUCCGAUGAACGACGGCGGCUGCCGCCGUUGGUGUCGGUGAAGGAUAUGCAUACUUCUGAUCCUGCGGUGUGCCAACACAUACAAGAUGAUACGUUUGCGUCUGAAUUUUGCAACUGUACUCUCUUGCUCAGUUCACAGUGUUUUAGAUGGGCAACCAACCAUGUACUACGAUUGUGCAGCACUUAAUAUAAUACUGUAUAAACAA